CUGGCCUGCUGUAGAGUGUAUGAACUGACGUGAAUUCCCCCUCAUCUCAGUCGUCAGUUCCACUGGAGCUCUUGCAGACUACAGUCACAGGAGACUACUGAAGAGGACAAUGGAGUACCUGCAAUCCUAUCACUGUUUACUCUGCUACCUUCUGCUGGCUCUUAGAGAUCCUGCACUCUGUGCUAAAGAGAUCACUGUUAGCCCAGCCAAACCUCUUGUCAAGGUGGGAGAUGCUGUGACCUUGAUCUGUGAGACAACCUGCUCCCAAGGCAAACCACACUGGAUGAAACUAGACGAGAGCGAUGUCACUCAGAAUACCACAAAAAACAGAAGUUAUCUCCAUAUUGCAGCUGUACACCCGAAUCACGAGGGAAAGUAUACCUGCACAGCAGAAAAAUGUAGGAAACAGAAGAAGGAAACAAUCCAGCUCAGAGUUUACUCUUUCCCGGUGCCUGUCCUGUCCACAGUGCCAGAGAACCCUGUCUCUGGUCAACCUUUUAAGGUGAAAUGCACACUGACAAACGUUUACCACGGAGAUUAUGACACCGUUGAGAUGCUUCUCUUGCACCUUGAGAGGCUUGAAACAGAACACUCCAAAAACUGUAAUGAUGACAGAUUUUGUGAUCAUACGUGGUCUUCUAAGAAUCAGAUGGGCACUAGCAAAACAGAUUAUCAGUGUGAAACCAAUCUUACUAUUGGCCCUAACAGCUUUACUGAAAAGGCUCGUCUUGCCGUACAUUUCCAGGGUGAUGCUGGUGAUGACUAUAAUGAUCCCAGAAGCACUGCCAUGUCUCCUGAACAGAUGGAAACACAAACGUCAGAACCUGUCAGUACGGAAGGCAAAGGUCAAGGUGAUGCUGGUGAUGACUAUAAUGAUCCCAGAAGCACUGCCAUGUCUCCUGAACAGAUGGAAACACAAACGUCAGAACCUGUCAGUACGGAAGGCAAAGGUCAAGGUGAUGCUGGUGAUGACUAUAAUGAUCCCAGAAGCACUGCCAUGUCUCCUGAACAGAUGGAAACACAAACGUCAGAACCUGUCAGUACGGAAGGCAAAGGUCAAGCAGUGGAGGCCUCCAGCUCCACCACCACGGCCAUGGUUGCACUGGGCUCCAUAGUGGGAUUCCUAUCCAUUCUCUGCUUCCUGGUUUGCCUGAUCAAACGGAGUAAACGCAAGUCACCCUGCAGUGGUCCCGAGAACCAUCCUGAUGGCUGCUGACCACCAUGACAUCAGCUUCAUUUUAUGUUCUCAAGUUUUUGUUUUGUUCCUAUGUGUUAAACGCCAAUGUAGGACUCUAGCCUGCCUACAUGCAACUUCCUAUAACAACUCAAAAGUAAUGUAUACUGAAUCUGACCUCCUCAUGUAAUGCCUGCUGUAUAAAUCUUUUUUUUUUUAACUAGCUAUUAAAAUUAAAGCAAACAUAUAUCCUACAAAUAAUAAUGUACUGGGAAAAUGCCAAAGAAGAACAGUCAAACAGAAACAUUCUAACUAACAUAAAGCAUAAUGUUUGAUUAAUAUCAAAUGUUCAUAAUAAACCUCUUGAGAAACAGGA